CCUGGGGGCUCCGGGCGGAAGCCGCGGCACGACCGCUCCUAGAGAUGCGAGGGGCGGGGGGCGGGGCGCGGGGCGGGACCCCGCAUGCCGACCCCUGCCCCAGCCCGGCAGCUCCGGCCUGCGGCCCCGCCUCCUCCCGCGCGGAUCUCAGCUGCUGCCUCCACCGCCGCUGCUGCCGAGGGUCGCGGCUCAACCUACCGGUCCCGGAGUGGGAGCCUGCGCCUCUGGCCGCCGCGCCGGAAACUGGACCGGCCGAGGAGUCGAAGGGAGGCUGAGUCGCGGGAUGGCGCGCCAGGUGUCCAUAACCUUCAAGGACUUGGCCGUGAGCUUCUCUCAGGAGGAGUGGUGGCUCUUGGAGGAGGGGCAGAGAGAGUUCUACCGAGAGGUGAUGCGAGAGAACUACGAGACGCUGGUCUCCCUGGGGUCUGCUGAGCUGCUCCCCCUCUCUGCUUUCCUAUCACCUGUGGAGCCUAAAGGAGCCGUGGGAGGCGGGAGCCACACCGAAGAGGAGCAGGAGUCUCAGGGGAGGGGAGCCCCCCAAGGAGAACAGCCCCAGCACAGCCUGCCCCUCACCGCCCUGGUGCAGCUGGUGAAGGAGAUUCCAGAGUUCUUGUUCGGGGAAGUCAAGGGCACUGCCGACAGCCUCGAGAGUGGGGGAGCCAGUCUGGACGGGGAGAGGGCGAGCCCCGAGGCAGCUGUGACAGUGGAGACGAGUCCCCUCCGGGGCCUGCCCAGCUGCCUUCCAGAGCUCCCUGUCCGCAGGCCCAGCCUGGCCACCAUGCCCUGCAGCAGCUCAUCCUCUAGCAGCCUGCCUGGAGAAGGGGAGCAGGGAAGCCUCUUCCCCAUCAUACACACUGCUGACAAACCAUGUUCUGCAUGGAAGGAAGGUCCAGAGGUCCCCGGCAGUGAGCCCAGCGCUCCCAGCUGUAGCCCUGACAGGAGGAGGAGCCAUAGGAAACAGGAGAGAGGAACCAUGGGGGCAGGAAUAUCUCCUGGGAACAGCCCCUUGCAAGGCCUCAUCAACUGUCUGAAAGAAAUCCUUGUGCCGGAACCCCAGCACCGUGAGGCGUCGCCAGGCAGUCUGUCUCCUCUUCCUGGCCCCGGCAGGUCGAGGCUACCCAGGCUGGAGUUGGGACCUGGGGGCCCACCCUGGGAAGUGAAGACAGAGGCAGCUUCAGAGGCUCGUCCCCUCGAGGGUCUGCUGAAGUGUCUGAAGGAGAUCCCGGAGACACCCUCAGAAGCAGGGGACUCACAGCUCCAGGAAGAGCCAGGGGCCUGGAGAAGGAAUGCUGGAGGGCCCAGACACUUCCAGACCCCUCCUCCCUGCCUGGGUCCUGGAGCUGGUGGCGUUCUCUCUGUGGUGAAGAUGGAGGAUGGCUGGACCCAGAGCCCCCAGAGAGGCACUCCAUACCCCGCAAUCCCUACAUCCUGGCAGCUCGGCAAGCGGACUCACAGCUCCUCUGCCACUGGUAUCCUGGGGGACCACGGGGACCCCAGAGGGGCUGAAGGGCCGUGUUGGGGCCCCGUGGCUCGAGACAGCAGUGCCUCAAGCUCGCCCCUGGAAGCCCUGGAGGCCUGUCUGAAAGGCAUUCCCCUGAACGCGCCGUUACCCUGCCAGCCGCUGCCCGCCUCUUGGUCCGGGAGCCCCCAGCAAGGAGAGCCUGGGUUUCAGAGGCCAGAGCCACUGCCCUACAGAUCACACAGUGAAGAGGGGACCACGGGGCCUCUUCUCCCUCUGGGCCUGCAGGGCUUUGUGAGAGACAGCCCUGCCCGCCACCCAGGACUCCGCUGCACCCCGUCCAGCUUCUCCUCCAGCAGCACCAACGGAGAAUUGGAUUUCAGGAGCCCUGAGGGCAGCCAGGGGCACCAGCCCAGGAAAGGAAGCCCAGUUGGAAGCUCCCCACUCCAAGGUCUGGAGAACUGCCUCAAAGAUAUACCUGUGCCCAGGCCACAGCUUGCCUGGCCCUGGUCCUCGGCAGCAGAUGGAGGCCCAAGAACAGCGGAGCCCAGGAACUGGAUGGUUGACAAGGAAGGACGGAGCAGGGAGUCCUGUGAACCGUACCAUCUCAGACUGGCUGGGAGAGAAGUUCCCAGCAGGAGCCUCCAUCCGACCAGCCCGCCAGCCUUCUCUUCCAGCAUCUUCCCUGCUUGCCACAAGCAAGGGCUGAAGGACCACGGUGCCACCGGGCCCGGGGCGAGGAGGUGGCUCCAGGAAGCGGCAGCCACCAGGCCCUCCCCACUCCACUGCUUAGAGAACUCUCUGAAGGGAAUCCUGCCCAUGAGGCCUUUGCACUUCACCUGCCUGGCCAGCCCCAGCCCCAGCCCCAGCUCCAGCUCAAGCUUCAGCAGCUCUGAAGGCGAAGAGCAGAGGCCAGAGUCUGAGCCCUGGCGGUCGCGUCUCCUCCAGGAGAGCAACCGACUUCCCAGCUGCAAGGGGCAUGUCACCCUGUCCCCACGCCCAGGCAGCCCCCUCACCAGCAGCAGUGGCAGCAGCGCUGGCAACAGCCAAAGAACUACAGAGUCUGGGGUCUGCCGAGAUUUCAGUGCAGCAGGAAAAGCAGAAAGGAAGCCAAGAGGUAGCUCGCAGUCAUCUAGGAGAGAAGUGUACACAGAGCCUGCCAGCUGGCUGGGGCCCCUCGGCAGUGCCGGAGGAGGUCGGGACCAGACGGAGACGGACGAGCCACCCAGUUUGCAGAGGAGGGGAACAUACCCAGUACACAGACGUCCUCGUUCACACAUCCCCACAGGGGCGACUAUGAAUCCCUGUCCUGCCCCUCAGCUGGAGAAGAGGCCCAGGCCAGGGCCCUGCCAGCCUCCUGGGUCAGCCCAUGGACCCUGGACACCCAGGGUUAGUGACGAAUGCAGGGGCCUGGAGCGUGGAAAUGGAAGACAUGUUGCAGGUGAACCGGUGGCUCUCGGCUCCCCAUCCUCAAGUCAUCAGGAGCUCUGCACAGGCCACCAGGGUGAGGCCAGGACUGACGGGAGGCUUCUUCCCAGGGGCUUGCCUGCGUCACCCACAAAGUCUCCACAGCUGGACCUGCCCCUCCCAGCACCCGCCUCUCCUGCGUGGCCAGUUGCCCCCCAGCAGCCGCUGUGCCCCUGUGGGAGCAGCCUCCAGCAGGAGCUGCACAGCCUCAGCGCUUCCCUCUCCGAGACACUGGGUCGGCUGGCCACGGCCCUGGCAGGCCUGUCUCAGGAGGUGGCCAACAUGAAGAGUCAGGUGGACCCGCCAGGAAGGCGUGCCUGGGGCCUGGCACCAAGGGGGCAGGCUCUUCAGCUGCGGGGCCUCCCCCGGCGACCUCACUGGGUCAGAGGCCCUAUUCAUAGACACCUGCCCUAUUGGAGACAGAAGGGCCCCACCAGGCCCAAACCAAAGGUCCUGCGGGGCCAGGUGGAAGGCCGCGGGGCUGGCAAUCCCGCCGGCCUCUCCAGAGGGAAGCGCCACCUGGUGCCCCAGCUGCCCCCAGAUACUCCCCCAGCCAGAGCAAGUGUAGCCUCAGCCAUACCUUCCGGACCUUCCCAGCAGCCUGUCCCCCCGGCACCCAGCCUCUGUGGUACGAUGACUAUGCAACCCCUUCUCGGACACACUGGGGGCUCCCAGGGCCCCCUGCCUUCCUUAGUGCCUGCUGCCUUGUCCCCGCAGAUUGCCUCUCCUCCUAAAGCCAGCGCAGAAGCAGAACCUCCGUCUGCAGUAGCUAUACCAAACACAACUCGAAAUCAGCCCAAGGAUUCAAACAGCCUGUUGACAGUAGUCCAGAGAGCCCCCCAGGAGGAAAUCUGGGGAAGUGAGCUCAGAGACCCAAGGUGGGGGACCCAAGACCGAGUUCUUCAUUGAUUCAGACCCUACUGAGGAUGCAAGUAUGGUCUAGACAACCGGCUUGCCCCCAACCCAGGCCACCUCUGCCAGGGAAGGCAGUUCCGUCCCUUCACCUCUGCUCCAUUUCUUGGCAUAAAGGUGCUGAGAGCUCCCCGCUUUGCCCUGACUGCCCCUGACCCCCAGGAUGGUGUUUGCUUCAGGGAGGACUCCACUGGGGGACGCAUUCCUCAGCCACGCCUCUGGCCCUCUUGGCUCAGGUUCUGUUGAAUGUUGCAUCCCCCCCCCCCCCAUCCUUCCCACUGUAACCAACAAAGCUAAUGGGUGGGUAGCGUACGUGUGUGCACACACCCCACGUACAUGGGGUGCUUCCUGCAGGUUUCAAGUGACCCUGGGGCCACCGUUUUCCUACCACCUGCCAUUCCUGGUCUUAGCGGACUGGGAAAGGUUUGGCUCCUGCCUUCCUGGAGUAAAUAUUGGCCCAGAUUUUGUUUGGGGAGUAUUCUGCCCCUUGGUCUAAGCUGGAUUUACCCAUGUGGAUUCUGAAAUUAAAGCAGUUGGUUGCUAAGAGAAAAGCCCUUGACUUCUAUAGACGGGAGCUCAGUGGGUGUCCAGACUGGGCAUGGCUGAUUGGAUUAGGGUGGGGAGGAGUGGGUGCAAGCUGUUUCCCCUCCCAGGCACCCUCGAGAGAGUUCAGCAAUCUGCUGGUAGAGUUGGGAGAGGAGAGGCUGAGGAAAGGAAUUCCCAAAUUACUUCUUGGGAGAGAGUGGCAUGCACUUAUAAGGGGCUGGGCUGGGCUUCUUGGGUUCAUCUUAGGGGAAGAAAGCAGGGCGUAGACCCCUUGGGGCAUCACCAGGGCUGCUUCUGCCCUGGUCUCAGUCCCACCCCUCAGCAGACGCUUGGUGAGACCCAGGGGACCUGCCUGCCUGUCUCUUUACCUCAUCUCCUCCCCCAGGGUUGAAUCUUUUAACCCCAGUCUUAAGUUCCCACCUGAGUUCCUUACUUGAUUCGAGGAAUCUCUGGGAACUAACUACACACGUGGCCUAGGAAGGAGAGGCCUUUUAUGGGUUUGCACAAAUCUGCUGUCAGGUAGCAGAGAACUGGGCAUAAGAGAAUGGAACCUAGGCUCACAGUGGCUAAAGUUUACCCCAUACCAGGCUCAGUGAAGGGUUGUAUUUAAAGACUGAGUGAGCAGGGCCUUCUGGCAGCUUUCCCAACGCUUUCCUAAUGUGAGGGUCACCGGAGACCCACACAGGGCAACAGUGAGGGCUGGGCAGCCUCGCCCCCGGGCUCAGUGGAGCCACAGACAGACUGGCCUAUGAAGGGGAUGCUGAAAUAGUUUGAGAACUAGAAUAUCUCUGUCACUAAUAUUCAUAAGAUCAUGUAAGAUGUUUAAAAUAAGCAGUUUCUUCACUUUAUAGUCAUGCUUGAUACGGAAUAAAGAACAGAAAAAGUUCUUAGAGGCUUUCCAUUCCUGAAGAAUUCUGAAGGAUGAGUCUAGCUCCUUUCGAGAUACGCAGGCGCAAUGCCAGGCGCGUCUCAGAGCCGGUGGGGAGGGGCGGGGCGGACUUGUGGAAGGACAGUGAGUGGCAUACAGGCAGGACUUCCAGGGCCGGGUGAGGGCUCCGGGAGGAGAGGAGGAGAGGCCCCCCACCCCACCCCGCCAGCGUCCGCUCCUGUCUUCCACCCCUCCUGGGUGGUCCACCCAUUGUCCUUUUUCAUUCUAAGCGGAGGAGGGUGCAGACAUCUGGGGUAGGAAGGGGUCCGCCAUAUACUCUGGCCUGGCACUUGCAGAUGUAGUGUUGUGUUGAUUUUACAACUGUGAGCCACAACACAAACCUUAGGCAGCAGGCAUUAAAUUUAAAUAAUUUGCUCCCAGUUACACAGCUUUUAGUUGGCAGAGCUAGGAAUACACUCCCAGUCCAUUACUUUCCAGUGCUUUGCACAACCAACUCACCCACUGGGGCAAAACUUCCUCCUUCCAGCCUUCGCCUGCUUGUGACAGAGACGAGGAUAUUCAUGAGUGAGCACAGUCCAGUUCAACUGUAUAGUAAGUUCAAAGCUUUGUUUUGUUUUUUGAAAGAAUCGGACUGUAAGUAAGAAAAUAAGUGGCAAGACUUUUCCACGGCCUGCAGCUACAUUCAUCCCACAGGAGUUAGUUCCCUAGAUCCUGUCCACUGCCACACCAACAAAACCCUUUUACACCUGUUAACUGAUAAACCUUCUAGAAAAGUGAUUUGGUGUAAAAUACUUGGUAUGCAAGUUACGACUUUGGCAAUGUCUCCAUCUCCACCUACUUUACAGGAUUGUUUCGAGGAGAAACUGAGGGAUCCUUUUGAACUCAAGGGAUUUGGGGGGGGAAGGGAGGGCAGAGCUGGCUCUGGCUCAGCGCUGCCCAAGCACCAGGGGCCACCUGCAGCCUGGAGACACCUGCUGCCAUUUUGGAAACUGUUGGAAACUAGCCAUCAAGGGGUUCCUGGCUGACAUGGGGGCCGACCUCCCACCUUCUGUGCGCUCACUUUUAGACAUCCUCGAAGUAUUCCGUCUGCCAUGUGCCAUCCUGAGACCACCAUAAGAUGGAAAAGUACAAAAGUCUGGCUCCCCGGCCCCAGCCUCCCCCACACACACCCAUCAUCUCCAGGCCAACACUUGAGGGGGGCUGUCUUCAUUCACCAGGGCUCCUGUAACAAAACACCACUGGUUGACUUAAAAAAGGAAUUUACUGUCUCAGUUCUGGAGUCUAGAAGUCCAAAAUCAAGGUGUCAGCAGGAUCAUCCUUUCCCCGAAGUCUGUAGGGUUCUGGUGGUGGCUUGCCGGCAUUCCCUGGUUCAGUCUCUGCUUCCACUCAGAGCAGCUCUCCACAUCUGUCUCCUACUGCAUCCGAAUUUUCUCUGCUUGUAAGGACUCUGCCAUGUUGGGUUAAGGCCCACCCUGAUUCAGUUUGGCCUCAUCCUAACUAAUAGGAUCCUCAAAGCUCCUAUUUGCAAAUUAAUCACAACCACAAGGCCAGGAGUUCAGACUUAAACAUGUCAUAUCCAGGGGGACAUGAUUCAGUCCGUACUGAGGCCCACUGGAAGGGAGACUGGGAAGGAAGAGAAGGGAGUGCAGGGGACCACACCAUGACGUCACUGCUUCCCCCUACAGGAGCCUGUAGGCCAAUAGACCAGACUUUUACUAGUAACUUUCUUGUAUCCUUGUGUUGUGCCUCCUAUAAGCAGCUUGUAGUUGGAUUUUAUUUUUUCAUGCAGCUUGAAAACCUUUAUUUGAAGCUCUAAAUCUGUUUACUUGUAAUAUAAUUACUGAUAUAUUUCAGUUUAAAUAGACCAUCUUACUUUGUGCUUUAUAUAGUCCCUCCUGUUUUGAGGGUUGUUUUUUUUUCUUCUAUAAUUUUUAAAAAUCAUUCCAUUCUUCCUUCUACUUGCCUCAAAAUUUUAAAGAAUUAAAACAAGAAACAUCCCAAAUUCACACACAUAUUUUGGAGAUUUGGGGAUACCUUUCUCAGAAAUUGAUAGAACAAGCAAGAAAAAUAAACCAAGAAAGAUGUAAAGGAUUUGAACAAGCCAAUUAACAAACUGAUGAGUAUAGAGAACACUGAACCAUAGAACUAGAGAAUAUGCGUUCUUUUCAAGCACACACAGAAUAUAUUUUUAAAUUGGCCUUUGGUCAUAUACUAAGCCCUAGAGCAUGUUUAAACAAACUUACAAGUAUUGAAAUUAUAUAGAAUACAUUCUCUGAUCAUACUUAGCUUUUAAGCUAGAAAUAAAAAAAUAGACAUUCUUUUAUAUUCAAAAAAAUUAUGCUGCUAAAUAACCCAUGUGUCAAUGAGGAAACCAUAAUGGAAAUUAGAAAUAUUUUGAACUGAACAAUAAGGAAAGUACCAAUAUAAAACUUGUAUGAUAACACUAAAUCAGUACUUAAAAAUAUACAAGCAUAAAUGAGUAUGUCAAAAAGGAAAGGCUGAGAACUCACAAGAAGUUACAAAGAAGAGCAAAGGAAAUCCAAAGAGAGUUUAAAGGGGCAUGAAAGAAAAGAGCAACAAUUAGUGAAAUAAAGAGCAUAUAUAUGAUAGAUAUAACCAGCAAAGUCAAAAACUGCUUCUUGGACAAAAGUAAUAAAUUGAUUAGCCUGGUGAAAUUCAUCAAUAAAAAAAGAAGGCACAAAUUACCCAUCUCAGGAAUGAAAACAGUAACAUGUCUAUUGAAGCUGCAGACUAGAUAAAGAUGAUAAUGGAAACAACUUCUUGCUAAAAAUUUGAAAAGUCAAGUAAAAUGUAAAAUUCCUACAAAAUUUAACAAACUUAAAAUAGACUCAAGAAGAAAUAGAAAAUCUGAAUUGUUCAUACCAUUGAAAAAUUGCAUCCAUGAUCAAACAUCUUCCCACACAGGAAACUACAAGCCCAGAAUGAUUCACCAGUUAAGUUCUACCACACAUUUAAGGAGAAAAUUAUUCCAGUAAUACACAAAAUAUCCAACUAUUCCAGGAAACAGAAAACUAUGGAAUGUUCUGAUUUUAUGAGAUAAGCAUAGCCCUGAUACCAAAACUUGAAAAGGACAGUAAGCAAAAGGAAAAUCAGACUAAUCUCAAAAAGUAUACAUAGAAGCAAAAAUCCUAAACAAAAUAUUAGUAAUCAGAAUCUAGCAAUAUAUGAAAGAAUAAAACAUCAUGACCAAGUUGCGUUUAUCUAUGAGAUGCAAGGACAGUUUGACAAUUGAAAAUCAUUAAACGGAUCUCAACACAAUAAGAGAUUAAAGGAGAAAAAUCACGUAAUAAUCUUAAUAGAUGCAGAAAAAUCAUUUGAUAAGAGCCAAUGUCUACAAAUACUCUAGAAUAAGAAGGGAUAUUCCUUAAUUCGAUGAAGAUUAUCUACAAAAAAAAAAAGCUUAAAUAGCAAACAUAAAACUUAAUCACAACAUAUUGAAGUGUUUUCUCAGAUCACAGACAAGUCAAGGCA